AUUUAAUCUAUUUAUAGCUAACCCACUAUGCAUGCUGCCUAUUUAAGCCCAUUGGUCCCUGCAUAUUGUAUAUGUUCAUAUCCUGCAAAGCUCCGAUUUCUUUCUUUCUUCCUCUACACACAAUUAAUUUCAGUUCUAAUGGCGUCUGAUUCUAUCAUGAGCUUCGAAGCUUCUUCUUCGUCUGUCGAAUUUGAGGACAUUGAUAUGGCGGAGCUGGAUGCGGAUACGCUUAUGAAGUUGCUGGAAGAAGAGCCGGCUGCCGGCGGUGAAGAGCAAGAGGGCGGCGGCGGAUGCGCAAUUCAGCCGCCGGCCGGCGGUUGGAUUGAGGAGAGUAAUGGCAGCCGCCAGAAGAAGGAGGAGGAGGAGGUGUUCGGCGAUGAGGUGGAGUGGCUGCUGGACGUGACUGAGAUGUCUCCGGCGCCGCCGUGCGCGGUGGAGGUGGGUGGUGGGAUGCUUGAUAUGGGAGAGUAUGGCCUUGAUUAUUAUUAUAAUAAUAAUAAUGGUGCAUUUUUGGGAGAAGAAAUGGGGUUUGAAGAAGGCUUAUGGCAGAACAGCUACUGAAAUUAACAUGCAUGCAUGCACUUUGAUUUGGGCUUUACGAUGUAUCUGCAAAAUGUAUUUUAAAAAAUACAAUAAAUUCUUCAUCUUCUUCUUCUUUUUGUCAAA